CGUCCAGGGGAAGCGCCGCAGCCACUGGAGGCACUGAGACUCGGGGCGCGGGAAGUCCCCAGCGCUGAAAACGGCACAUCUCUUUCUCUUCUGCUGGCAGCUGCUGAAAUGGGUUGCGGACUGAACAAGUUAGAGAAACGUGAUGACAAACGGCCUGGAAAUAUCUACUCAACUUUAAAGAGGCCUCAGGUGGAAACCAAGAUAGAUGUGUCCUACGAAUACCGCUUCCUGGAGUUCACUACCCUGAGCGCGGCGGAGCUCCCGCGCUCUUCGGCAGUGAGGCUGGCCUCUCUGCAUGACCUGCCCUCCCAGCUCCUGGAACUGUACCAGCAAGGCUUCUCCCUAGUGGCCCUGCACCCCUUCGUGCAGCCGACCCACGAGCGGGAGAAAACACCCCUUGAGCGCAUCUUCAGGGCCAUCCUGAUCAAGAAAACUGACCGGGCUAGAUUAGAUGGGUGUUGCCUACAGCAAGCCUCAUCGGGAAGAAGCAGCGAGUCCAUCUCGAGGCUGGGGAACCGGCUUCCAUACUCCUGCACCGAGGAGACCUUUGCCACGAGCCACACCAGACACUUCCAGAUCCAGGGCACAUCCCGGCGAGGCAGUCAAAAUAGCCAAGGAAGACCUUGA